GGGUGCUUUUGGAGCGACCGGGAGGAGGUAUCGGCCAUGGUGAGUGCAGGUGGAUACAAUCCGUCCCCAUCCGCCUCCUCCGGGCUGGUGUAUCGUUCAAUAAAUAUCGUGAACCGUCCGGAAAGUCCCGCUAUAACAUUCAGCAUCUGUAUUGAAACGAAAAGUCUUAAGGAUGAACCAUCCCACAAAACUUUCAGGAUCAAGCGCUUCCUGGCCAAGAAGAUGAAGCAAAACCGGCCAAUUCCACAGUGGAUCCGCAUGAAAACCGGCAACAAGAUCAGGUACAACUCCAAGCGGAGACACUGGAGAAGAACCAAACUGGGCCUGUAAAGGAAUUCACCAUUGGCACACAACCAUCAGCAGCCAUCUUCCCUGAUCUCUUUCUCCUACAAAGUCAUGGAAGUAUGGAUUUGAGCAAAGGUUGACCAAAUACAAAUGCAAUUUUUUUCCCUGUUUCAUGUUUUCUAUUGUGGAAAAUAAAUAUUGAGGUUGCUA